AUGAUAGGCCGUACUUUGAAUGCCCUUGGAUCUUCUGGAAAGAGAGCAGAAGGAGAAAGCUUAUGUGUCUUUACCAGCUCUGAUGAAGGCGACGACGCCGAAACCGUGGCAGUAAUAAAGCUUGUUAACAAUCUUAGCCCUUGCGUCAAUUUGACAAUCGACAAGUCACAAUCUCUAUGCCAAAAUUCAAAGAGCUUUCGCGCCUUCAAAAUAAUCCAUAAUAUGCUCUACACAGUAGUUCCUCCCAUCGCUCCCAUUGACUUCAGCAAAGGACGUAAACACUAUAUACUCUGGGUCGUAAGUGCUCACACACCUACGAAAACGGCUGAGGACAAUAAUGAAGACGCCUUCUAUGAUGAACUCAAUGCGUUGAUGUCUAAAAUACCAAGCUCGCAGGUGGUCAUUGUCGGAAUCGACGCAAAUGCGAAGAUGGGACUCGAACAGCAAUCCGAUGUGCUAGGAAAAUGGUACUAUCCAGCGGAGUGCACGUCGAACAACGGUGACCGUCUGGUCGACUUGUGCGAACAGGCAGGCCUCAUCAUCGCCUCCACGUUUAAGAGGAAUCAUCGACGCCAUCAGCUCACGCGGCAGGGGUCAACCAUUUUAACGCCUGGAGAGCGGCGCAAGCGAAAGGUGAGGACUCUUAAGCUUCAGCUCGACUACGUUCUGACGAAGAACAUUCCUCAGUCAGAUAUCCGAAAAUCUAAAGCUGUUUGGGACGUCGCGUUCGACUCUGACCCAGUUCUUCUCAGCUUUAAAGCACGAAGCACAAGAGAAACCGAGGAGUUCCUCUUCAACCGAAAAUCGACAUGGCAGGACGCUGCAAGGGAAACGCUCGCGGUUCUAUUGCCGCGGAAGAAGUUUGCCUUUGCGUCUGCGGAAACAAAAUCCACGUACAAUUCUGUAUGUAUCGCACGCAGCGCUGGUGACUUCAACCAGGAAAAGCGUCUUAGAAGGAAGCUGCGUCGUCAACUGCAACAAGAUCGCGGUAACGAGUGGACGUCAACAGCGAUGGAGUUUGAGAAGGCGUGGGAGGACAGGAAUCCGCAGAAAGCCUACGCUCUACUAAAACAGUAUAGCGGCAAAGUGAAAAGAUGUUCCCAUGUCCUCAACACUGUUAAUGGAGUAGCUGCCGGUGAAGCAACCCUUCCAAUUUGGAAGGAACAGUUCAAGACCCUGCUGAACCGGCUAGCACCGUCAACUCCUGAACUCGAACACGUUCAUAGACCAACAUAUACGGUUAACGAGCAGCCAUCGACCGAGUCGGAGGUCCUGGUCUGUAUUCAGAAAAUGAAGAAUGGAAAAUCUGGUGGAGACGACGGAAUUAGGGCAGAAAUGCUAAAAUAUCUUCCUCCGUCUGGGAUUCGUGAGAUGACAAAGAUCAUCCGUUCAAUAUGGAUAAAAUACGGACCCAAGGAAUUAUCGAGGAAUCUCUUUGCUGCGUGUUAUGUACAAGGUACUGGAGCGCAUUAUCCUGGACCGACUCAUUAA